GUUUAUACUUCACACUUCAGUGAUAUACGGGAUUUAUGAAAAACAGAUGUUCAUCUUAACUUUAUUGUACCUUUGUUUAUGGUCUCUGGAUAAAGUGAAGAAUUAUUAAAGCUGUUUGCGCGUCAAUUAAAAGAAAAUUAUUGGUCAGUAUUGAUGGCAUUUACCGUUUUAAUAGCACUCAAAAUAAUAGAUUCACCAUAGAAGAAAAAGGUCUAACUGUGAAAUGAAUUCGGAGUAAUGAACAAAGAUAAUUCUAAGAUAUGUUCAACAGUAGAAAAGGGAAAAAAUAGUGAUUGUAAUGGAAAAGGAGACGCAAAGAAAGAGGAAGAUUCGACACUUGAAAUUGAAAAGGGCGAAUCAAGAAAACCAGACCGAACAUUACUUACUUACAAAGCAUUCUACUUUUUGUUUUUUGCCGGGUUUGGUUCAACAUUUCCAUACUUGACAAUCUAUUUCAAACAAAUUGGACUGACAGCUUCGCAUGUUGGUACAUUAUCAGGAAUAAGACCUCUGGUGCAAUUUGUUAGUGGACCAAUCUGGGCAUAUAUUGCUGAUAAAUAUCGAUGUAGAAAGGUUGUGUUGUGUAUGUCAGUCAUAGCUUGGAUUGUCUUCACUUUAGCUUUGGCAUUUCCACAUGAAAAGAAAACAAAAUGUCAUGUUCUAAAUUCAACAAAUCAUUUCAUUCAGAAACGAAAUAUUCCACGGGCUCCGUCGUACCCAGGACUCCCGUUAGCUCCAAUAUCAACCGCUGCCUCAGAAAGUCUCUUAGCAAACAAAAAAUCCACUAUUAUUACAUUUUCUGAUGUUUAUCAAGAAAAUGUUAGAACUGAAAUCAUCAUUCAUGAUCCAUAUGAGAUUAAAUACUUGUUUUACGUACUUCUUAUUUUAAUAGUUGUUGGUGAGGUGUUUGAAGCACCUUCGUUUAUAAUGAUUGACACAGCAUUAAUUCAAAAACUUGGUGAUAAAUGUCACGAGUAUGGAAAAACACGUUGCUUUGGCUCAAUGGGUUAUGGCCUUGCAUCAUUUGGUGUUGGUGCUGUUCUUGACUCAACGAGAUAUGUAUAUUGUGGUCACGAGAUGAACAAUUAUAUGGUCAUUUUCUAUUUCUUCGUCGUAUUCAUGGUAAUUGGAUUAAUCUUUGUACUUGCGCUUUUUUCAUUCAAGUACAACGAAGAAUCCCAAAAAAGCUUUUCAAGUAUUUUGGAAGUUUAUAAACUUUGUUCGUCGCCAAAGUACGCAACAUUCCUGCUAACUGUUUGGUUUAUGGGAACCUGUAAUGGUGGUCAAGUAACAUUUAUUAAUUGGUAUUUAGAAGAUCUUGGGGCUUCGAAGUUUAUGAUGGGUAUGACAACAACCAUCAGAGCUACAGCAGUAAUUGUAGGAUUCUUUUGCUCUGGAAUGGUAAUCAACAAGCUUGGAGAGUUGACAUCUGUCUUUUGGUCGCUAUUGUUUUUUGCCUUUAUAUUUUUUGGCUACUCGUACCUUUUUAAUCCAUGGUUGGUGAUUCCUUUAGAAAUACUACAAGGCUUAGUUUAUGCCAUCUCUUGGUCAACUUGCAUUGUAUACUUGUCUUCUGUGACGCCUGAUGAUGGAGCAGCUACCAUGCAAAGUAUCUUGCAAGGAAUUUACUGGGGGCUAGGAACAGGUAUUGGCGCUAUUCUUGGAGGGGUAUUGAUCAACCAUUAUGGCAUAGUGUUAGCCUACCGUCUGGGUGGUAUUGCUACUGUGUUGGUUACUUUGUAUUUUGUUGUCUCACAAUGGUUGGUCAAGAAAUAUGAUGACUCAGCAGAUAUGUCAAUUGAGGAAGACAAAAAGUUGAUGCCAAGAAAGGACAACGAUAACGCAAACGAACAUUGCAUUAUUGGCGAAAAAGUUGAAUAGAUUGGCCAGGACAGUAGUUAUUUUUCAAAAAUUUUUUAACAAAGACUAUUACUACAUUACAUAAAAGACAUUACUCAAUCUUUGCAGUUUUUAUCGAAGCAAUUGCUUAAACUGCACAAGUAAUAAGUGUUGCCUGUUGUAACACUUUUGGAACAAAACAAAAACAUCAGGAAGGUCUGAAGGUAUAAACUAUCAGCCCGACAGUCCAAGUCGAAGUCUUCAAUAAACACAUACAUGGUUUCAGUUCGGAGAGCGUUUAUCAGAUAUAAGGCAUAACAAUAUUGUGCAAAUUUACAUGCGAUUUUUUUAUGGUUAGACGCAAUUGCUAUAAUUUGGUCAUCCUUGGCGUCUUGAUUGCUCAUUUGUGCAUUGUAAUAGAAGUUUAAAGUAUUAAGAGUUGUAGUGCAUAACCAAUAUUAUUUAUCUAAACACAUUGUACAUGUACGUCGUUCUAGGAAUACAAUGAAAUACUUGCCAUGUCAA